ACCAGGACCAGACUGCCUUACAUUGUUAACGUUGAUUUCUCCCGUUCAGCCAGCAUUUUUGUCUUCCGUGAGCCAAACCGGGACCACAGCCUCCCACAAAACACAUGAAAUCACGGCUACGUUUGGCAGCAGGACCCACACCGGCACACGGCUCUAACAUGAGGAGGACUGCUGGCUGUAACCCUGCCCACACCGGAGGCUGCUGCUGAGGAUGGUGCCGCUGUGAAGAGCCGCUGGACCCGUUUCGGAGGACAUGCCUGCGGUCGGGGGGAAAGGAAAGAAGUGCCUGGACAACAUGACUGUUUUCAACCAAGAAAAUGUUGAGGAUUAUUACGAGAUUGGAGACGAGCUGGGGAGCGGCCAGUUUGCCGUGGUCAGAAGAUGUCGGCACAGGAUCACGGGUGUGGAGUACGCUGCCAAAUCCAUCAAGAAACGGCGCAGCAAGUCGAGCCGACGGGGGGUGACGAGGGAUGACAUCGAGCGCGAGGUGAACAUCCUGAAGGAGAUCCAGCACCCCAACAUCAUCACGCUUCAUGAGGUCUUUGAAAACAAGGCGGAGGUCAUCCUGAUCCUGGAGCUCGUGGCCGGCGGUGAGCUCUUCGAUUUCCUGGCAGAGAAGGAGUCGCUGAGCGAGGAGGAGGCCACCCAGUUCCUCAAGCAGAUCCUGGACGGAGUCUUCUACCUGCACGCCAAACAAAUCGCUCACUUUGACCUCAAGCCGGAGAACAUCAUGCUGCUGAACCGCUCUGUGCCUCACCCGCGCAUCAAGCUCAUUGACUUCGGCCUGGCCCACAAGAUAGAUUUUGGCAAUGAUUUUAAAAACAUUUUUGGAACUCCAGAAUUUGUAGCUCCAGAGGUAGUCAACUAUGAACCUUUAGGCCUGGAGGCAGACAUGUGGAGUGUUGGUGUGAUAACCUACAUCCUUCUGAGUGGUGCAUCUCCUUUCCUGGGCGACAACAAGCAAGAGACUCUGGCCAACGUGUCGGCCGUCGACUACACAUUUGACGAGGAGUUCUUCAGCGGCACCAGCGUCCUGGCCAAAGACUUCAUUGCCCGGCUCCUUGUCAAAGACCCCAAAAAGAGAAUGACGAUUCAGGACAGCCUCCAGCACCCUUGGAUCAAGCCAAAAGACACUCAACAAGCACUGAGCAGAAAGGAGUCAGCUGUCAACAUGGAGAAGUUCAAGAAGUUUGCAGCUCGGAGAAAAUGGAAACAAUCUGUCCGGCUGAUCUCCUUAUGCAACCGGCUGUCCCGCUCCUUCCUGUCCAGAAGCAACAUAAGUGUGGCACGCAGUGAUGACACGCUGGACGAGGAAGACUCCUUUGUGAUGAAGGCCAUCAUCCACGCCAUAAACGACGACAACGUGCCCGGUCUGCAGCACCUGCUGGGCUCCUUGAACAGUUACGACGUCAACCAGCCGAACAAGCAUGGGACUCCUCCGCUCCUGAUUGCAGCCGGCUGUGGCAACAUUCAGAUCAUCGAGGUGCUGAUGAGGAAAGGUGCAGAGAUCCAGGCCCAUGACAAGAGUGGAGCCAACGCCAUCUACUACGCAGCGAGACACGGCCACGUCGAGACCCUGAAAUUCCUCCAUGAAAAGAAAUGCCCUCUGGAUGUUCAAGAUAAGUCUGGGGAAACUGCUCUUCAUGUGGCGGCUCGCUAUGGCAACGUGGAUGUGGUGAGCUACCUGUGCAGCAUCCGAGCCAACCCAGACCUGGCUGACAGGGAGCAGGAGACCCCGCUGCAUUGCGCUGCAUGGCAUGGAUACUCGCCAGUAGCCAGAGCGCUCUGCCAGGCUGGCUGCCACGUGGACGCAAAGAACCGUGAGGGGGAGAGUCCGCUGCUGACGGCAUCUGCUCGAGGCUUUGUGGACAUUGUGGAGUGCCUGGUGGAGCACAAGGCCGAUGUGGAGGCGACUGACAAGGACGGCCACACAGCCCUUCACCUGGCUGUGCGGAGGUGUCAGAUUGAAGUGGUCCGCUGCCUCCUCAGACACCACUGCCACCUGGACCAGCAGGAUCGCCAUGGCAACACACCGCUGCACAUUGCCUGUAAGGACGGAAACCUGCCCGUCGUCACAGCAAUGUGUAAUGCAAAGGCCAGCCUGGACCUCCCCAACAAGUAUGGCAGAACUCCCCUCCACCUGGCUGCCAACAACGGGAGCCUUGAGGUUGUCCGUCAUCUCUGUCUGGCUGGAGCUAACAUCGACGCUGUCACCAACGAUGGGAAGACAGCAGAGGAUUUGGCUCACGCUGAUCAACACGAACUCAUCGUUUCUUUGUUGGGAAAGCUUAAAAAGGACAACCACAAACUGAGCUACAUCCAGCAGCUGCGGCCCACCCAGACCGUCCAGCCUAGAAUCAAGCUGAAGCUGUUCGGACACCCCGGAGCCGGGAAGAGCACCCUGCUGGAGUCUCUGAAAUGUGGCAUCCUGCGCAGCUUCUUCAGGAGGAAGAGGACACGCAUGACCAACACAACCCGCCACCCCAACUCCCCCGUCAACUCCAAACCUGCUGUAUCAGUGAGCAUUUCCAACCUGUACCCAGGUUGUGAGAAUGUGAGCGUGCGGAGUCGCAGCAUGAUGUUUGAGCCCAGCCUGACCAAAGGCGUCCUGGAGGUCUUCUCCCCCGUCCACAACGCUCUGUCCGCAGCUGACGAACAAGCAACAAAGGCCAUCGACAUCCAGCACGGCAACAUCCACGGGGUCGGGGAGUUCAGCGUGUGGGAGUUUUCGGGGAACCCGGUCUAUUACUGCUCCUACGACUACUUUGCAGCCAAUGACGCCACCGCGAUCCACCUGGUCCUGUUCAGCCUGGAAGAGCCGUACGAGACCCAGCUGGGACACAUCACAUACUGGCUGAACAUGCUGAAAGCUCUCAACCUGCCACAGGACAACAUCGCUUUCGGGGGUCGGGUCCAGCAGCCUCUCAUGGUCGUCCUGGUAGCGACACACGCCGACCUCGCUGACAUCCCCAGAGCGUUCUCUGGAGAGUUCACCUACAGCAAGGAGAAAGCGCUGCUAAAGGAAGUCAGAAACAGGUUUGGGGUCGACCUGCAGAUCAGUGACAAAGUGUUUGUGAUGGACGCCGGAGCCUCAAACUCCAAAGACGUGAAGCUGCUGCGGAAUCACCUGCAGGAGCUUCGUGCCAACAUCAUCUCUAGGUGCAGUCCCAUGACGCUGCUGUCGGAGCGUUUGCUGGCCACCCUGCCGACCUGGAGGAAGCUGAGCGGACCAAACCAGCUGACGUCGUGGCAGCAGUUUGUCAGCGACGUCCAGGAGCACAUCAACCCUCUGGUCAGCCAGGAGCACCUCCGCACACUGGCCCUGCAGCUGCACAGCAUGGGGGAGAUCAACAUCAUGCAGAGUGAGACGGUGCAGGAUGUCGUUCUGCUGGAGCCCCGUUGGCUCUGCAGCAACAUCCUCGGCAAGCUGCUCUCAGUGGAGACGCCCAAGGCCAUCCACCACUACAGGGGGCGCUACAGGCUGGAGGAGGUGCAGGCUCUGGCUCCUGAGAGUGACGUGGACGAGCUGCUGCAGAUCCUGGACGCCAUGGACGUCUGCGCCCGUGACACCACCAACCCUUCCAUGGUGGAUGUUCCCGCCCUCAUCAAGACGAAUGGCCUCCACCGCUCCUGGACCGAAGAAGAGGAGGAGGAGUCACUCCUGUACGGCGGAGUAAGACUCGUCCCUGCGGAGCACCUGACCCCCUUCCCCUGUGGCCUGUUUCAUAAACUGCAGGUGAACCUGUGUCGCUGGAGUCACCAGCAGAAGCCUGAGGAGGAGGGCGGCGAGGAUUUCGAUGGAGAUAUCCACCUGUGGACCAACGGAGCCAAGGUGAGCCAGGGAGCAGUGGAGGCCAUGAUCCUGCUGGUCAACCACGGCCAGGGGUUGGAGAUUCAGGUGCGUGGGCACGACUCAGAGCGGGCCAAGUGUUAUACCCUGUUGGAUACCAUCUGUAGUAUAACAGAGAACCUGCUGGCCUCCACGCUCCCCGGACUACUCACUGCCAAAUACUACCUGAGUCCUCAGCAGCUGCGGGAGCACCACGCCCCCAUCAUGAUCUACCAACCCAAAGAUUUCUUCCGCGCUCAAGUCCAGCGGGAGACCUCGCUCACUAACACCAUGGGCGGCUACCGGGAGAGCUUCAGCAGCAUCCUGUCUUUCGGCUGCGCUGAAGUUUACCAGCAGGGGACUCUGGGAACGGACAUUCACAUAUCAGAAGUCCCCCUUUUGGCUCGCAGGAAACUCUGCCGCAUGUUGGACCCUCCUGACGCUCUGGGGAAAGACUGGUGCCUGCUGGCCAUGAACCUCGGCCUCACAGACUUGGUGGCCAAACACAGCAACGGGACUCCAAACGGCACCCCUGAGCUGGACUCAGCCCCGGACUCCCAGCAGGCCAUGCUGCAGCCCAGCCCGACAGCAGCGCUGCUGCAAGAAUGGAGCGGGCGAGCGGACAGCACGGUGGGCAUUCUGAUGGCCAAACUGAGGGAGCUCGGUCGCCGAGAUGCCGCCGACUUCCUACUCAAAGCUUCUCCUGUUUUCAGGGUCAACAUGGAAGCAGUGGUGGGGGCCGCCAAUGGCUACCCGCCCACCUGCAACGGCGGCACAUCGUACAACUCCAUCAGCUCCGUCAUAUCCCGCUGAACUGAACGGGGUUGGCUCUAUGUCCUCGCCAAACAUCACGUAGUCUGAUGUGACAUUUCCCCCGAAACAGGACUCGUGUGUGAAUGAACAUGAAGUGCAAUCGUUCAGCUGCUCGUCCCUUAAUCACCCCAUUAAGUUGGCGUAUGAACCAGUGCUUGUGCUCUCCACACCUGUACAGCUGACCUUCCCUUCCACCAUGAAUGUUGUGAAAGAGCUGAUUGUCCUGAGCUCCAAAGAGGAAUCCUGUGCUUUUAUUUUGUUCUUAAUCUUGUUGUGCUGCUUUUUAAUAUCCCUCCAACUCGCCUGCACACUUACUCAUCUUACAGCUUAAAGACAGAAAUUUUUAAAAACUAUCAACUCUACAUGAAGAAAUGGACGCAAUUAAAAAUGGCUGCCUCAUGUUUGGACCUCUUUCAGUGUAGGAGGCUGCCAUCUCUACUCCCUCCAUCCACCACAGUUACACGUAAUACUAUCUCCCUUCAUGCCUCUGUUUUACUGAUGUGACAUUUGGGCCGCUCAAGCUUAGCGUUUAAUAAAUUAACAGCAUUUUUCAGAGUGCCUUUGUGGCCUUCUACCUCCCUAAAGAGCACAAAUAGUCUUGUUAUUCUUAAAAAAAACAGUAGUUCUUUCCAAACAUUUGAAGAACUGUGCCUUGUUGACACUAAUAGUAAAAUUAAUUUCAAUCAAGUCUAUAGUCUGAAAAUGGAAAAGGCAGGAAAGGGUUAACGAAGAAAGAAAAACAAAAGCUCAGCUCACGUUACAAAUAUUUUAACUGGCUACAAAACAAACAGAAAGCUGAAAUCAGAGAUCAGACUUCUGCUGUUUUCUGUUCAGUGUUUGGGAGGUAAAACACCUCACUGGAGUCAGCAUGGAGUCGGUGUGAUGCUCCGUGGGAAACAAUGCAAUUUAUGUUUAAUUGGUGCAUUUGUGGGUUCAUACAUACAGAUGAUCUUGUUGACUUAUUAUUUAUUCAUUAAUCCAACAACAGAAAUCUUUCGUUGAUUAAUUUUUGGUGACACUUUAUUGUACAGGUCUCAUAAGUUCCUAAGAAGCUCCUGAAAAGAACACUGUGAUGUGGUAUGAACUAUAAUGAGACAGCACAAUAAGACAGUUACUUGUGUGCUGUUGAAAUUUCCUUUAAAGACCUGCUAAAAUGUUAACGACCAAAAAAGAGAUCAAAAGAUAACGAGAACUUCACUUAAUUAUGAAGCUACACUGUGACUAAAAGGAUCUUUGGGUUACACUACAAGGUACGUCAUGUUUGUAAUUAAAGCUGCACUAUUCAAUAUUUUUUUGUGGACAUCCAAAGCCCUAUUACCAUACAAGAGAUAGCUGGAAAAGAAAACCAGCAAACAUUCACAUUUUGGAAGCUAGUAGCGGUGAAAAUGAAAAUUACUUGAAAGUCCCCCUUCACUAAAAUACUGAUGUCUGUGGACUCCAUAAAAUCUAAGAUUCAAAUAUACGCCGGUCAAGCUUGAUUAGGUACGUCACCAAUACAAAAGUCAAACCAUGUCAAUACGGGAAACGCAAAUCAACCAGGGAACACACUUCAACAUGACACCAGCAAAGUCACCUGAAACCUCCACUGGAGAGCAGACCUGACAGAGAGCAGAGUUAGCAUUAGCAAAGUGAAAGUUUUACAGCAAACACGGAGAGUGUGCAGUUUUGGGAUGUCCAGACCCUGAACCUUCCAUUCACCAUCUACCAAAAACCACAUCAUAGCAGAUAUCGUAUGUUUCACAGCCAUUAACGCUGCCCUCGUCACGGCCAGUUAGCCUACAAGCUAACAAACAACAUAGAUAAAAGAUGCUAACCACACUCACCAUUCUGAUACGUCUGCUGGUCGCAGAUGUUGGUGUACAGUAGACUCAUCUGAGUCUAGCUCUGGCUGAGGCUCAAAUAUGUAUUGCUGUAGCUCGUCGAUGUUUCCUCUAAUGCUAAUGCUAGCCAUCUUGACCAGGAUGAGAAACUGCACAAGGCUUUGAAAUCAAUUUUCAUAGUGGUCAAAUAGUGGAAUUACGUCCGUCAUGUGGUGCAGUUGGGCCCAAAAAUAUUUUUUCCCAUAGCCUUGCACAGCAAAAGAGACGCCUGUGAACCAGUGGGUGUCACAAACCCAACGAAAUUACUGGUUUUACCAUCAGAAUUUGGUCCGAUAACAUUUGGAAAGUCUCAAAAUUGUUUUUUCUAAUUCCACUUGGCAGAGCGCUAAACCAGAAGCUGGCUAGGAUGGCAGAAGUCUCUAGUGUGCGUGCUCUGUGGGCCACGCAGUACUGAUCAGCUGAGUUAUUUUUCACGGCAGUUGAACCUUUUUUGGCUUCAUGCGCCACCCAUAGAUGCAUGAUAAUGACGGGAUACUGAAUGCCAAGAUGGCGCCUGUUCAGUUCAAUAGAGUCACUUGCCUGGCACGUAUGCCAAAAAAUUUCUAGCUUCUAGGUUUACUUCCAUGAUAUGCGGCCACUGAAUAUGCACACUAGUGUUUCUCCCGCUGGCCCUACCUGUGAGUUCCCCUUUUGCUCAUAGACUUCACAUUGUGAUGACGCCAAAGAUUUUCGUUUUUCUCGGCUCGAGGAAAGUUUUACAAAUUUAAAACCUUUAUGGAUUAAUUUUCUUUCUUUUUUUUUUAAGAUAAUUUUUUGGGCUUUUUGCCUUUUAAUGUACAGGACAGAGAGUGAAAUGGGGAGACAGAGAGAGUGGGGGGGGUGACAUGCAGCAAGGGGGUCACAAGCUGGAGUCGAGUCUCUAUACAUGGGCUGCUGGCACUAUCCACUACGCUACCAGCGCCCCAUGCAUUAAAUUUUCAUCAUAGACAGAGUCAUAAUUGACCUUGUUUGCAGUGUGAGGUGUCCUGUCAACAGUUUAACAGAUGUCUCUUUUAUAAUGGUGGCCUAUGGGGAAAAUGCUUUUUGGGCGGCAGUGGAUUUUUUUUUUUUUGCUGCAAUACCACUGGGGAAAAAUUGGGAGCAAGGCUGGGUGGCGUUCCUGAGGGCCUGGCGCCACUGAGUAACUCUCAUAGGAACGAAAGGGGCCACGCCUCCCACGCUGUAUCCACUACUCUUUAUACAUCCACGUUCUUGAUGUGCACUGGUGGGCGAUCAACCGACUAUCAAAAUAAUUUUCAGUGGACUGAUUAUUCGACUAAUUGUGCAGCUAUAAUACUAAUCUUUGUACAGUAUACUGUGCUUUGCAGCUGGUCUACAAGAAAUCAAUGCACAUUGCCAUUUUUAUACUAACAGGAAAUCAGAAAAUGCAGCGUCAGACAUGAAUUAAAGUUUGUUUUUCCUUUAAUUGUCACCAAAUAAAGAGACUGUCCUUUCCAGGAGUUUUCAAGAGUUUACAGUUAAUAUCAGUUCUUUUCUUGGAAUUUUGAGCGAACUAUGAGACCUGUAAAAUAAAGUGUAACUAUAAAUGUUUUCACUUAAAAAUCUAUUUACUCAUUUUCAAUUCACCCAAAGGGACCUUGAGCCAUUUUAACAGAAACGUUUUUUCCCAAAGUUCAGUGUCUUAUUGAAGGAUGUUGAUCCUUCCAGCACCAAAAUUGUAUAAGGGUCACACAAAACUAAAAGACGUUUAAAAUCCUCCUGGCAGACAGGGUGGGGCCGUGCACUGAUGCUGCUCAGCUUCCUUUACUUUGAAAAGAAAGUGCCACCAAAAUGAUUAAAAAAUGACGUCAUUUUUAAGAUUUUCUACUGAGCUAAGAUGUAAUUUAAUAUAUCCAGUAAACACACCUGACACUGCAGCUUUUUAACGCUUCUUCAACAGGUUUUCUGCAUUAGUGACGUCGACAGUCACGUUACCGUCCACAGUGUCAGAUUUGUACACAGCGGCAUCGACGCCGCUUCUCUGGAGCUAAAUUUGAGCUUCUCUCAGUAUCGCUGUCAGUGUUGGUCGGCCAUGCGUGGCUUCACAUCUUCUUUCACUUUGUCUUUUUAUAUCAUGAAGCCACAGCCCGGCUCUGUCAGCAGAAGCAAAGGAAAAGGUGGCAUGAAGUUAGUAGUGUUAGCUGAGAAAGGGCCGGACAUGUCCUUUUGUGUGAGCUGGUGUUUUAUAAUAUUUGUGACCAGAGAAAAUGCUCUUUAAAGUUAAGACUUUGUGGAUCUUUUCCAGGAUGUGGUGUCUCAGUUUGAUUGAAGAUGAGCUAAUGUGCCAGAGUGCAGUAUUUCUUGUGCGCUUUACUUCCCCAGUGUUAACAUCUGUUCACAGAGAUAAACCUUUGAGGACUGUUUCAAAUACUUGCUUCACUAUUUUUGUCUCGGCCUGAACUUGCCAAUCCUCUCAGCAAAACUUCCAGCUGUGAUGUAAAUACUGGAGGCCUGUUUCCUCGACUUCAUCCUCACGUCUUUUCAUUUGUUAGGCCCAAAUAUGUCGAUUUCAAUUUCAACAAGGCAAAAUGAAUGUACUACACAUCUCUCCUAAGAACAGAAAAACAAAGAUAUGGUGAUAAAACUCAAAACAUGAUGAAAUGAAAUGAAACGUCCCAAACUGGUUGGAAACAUGAUUUUAUUUUUCUGUUUUAUUGAAGCUUUUGUUGCCAAUGUCGUGUGCCUCCAACACACUCGUUCAUUCCUCUUAUUAUUGCCUUGUACAGUAUACAAGCUGAGAAGUGAUGUUUCAGAAAGGGAAGUGAAUAUUAUGUUUUUGUAAAAGCUGGAGUCACUAUAAUAUUAUUAUUAUUAUUAUUAUUAUUAUUAUUAUCAACUCUGUCUCCGUCUGGUGUCUUUUUUUUCUCCAGAUGGCUUUGACAGAAACAAGUGGAUUUCAAAAAGUGUCCUGAAAAGAAAACAAAAAACAUAUUUCUGUACGAUUCUGUUCGAAGUGGAAAGACGAACUCAAUAUUCCCCCGCGGAGGCUCCGGUCUAAUCGCUACAUUGCACACAUUGUCUUUUUGUCGCUAUUUAUGUUACAUUCUUUUAGCAUGUCUUGGAAUGCCAUGUUCUUAAUACUUCUGACACUUUAUAGUGUAAUACAUUUUAUAAUAAAUUCUUUACCUAAUGUC